UAGUAGUUCACUCUAGGUUGGUCACUGGUGUGAGAGUGAGUGAUAGAGUCUUCUUCUCUGCUUGGUGAUGAGGACAUAAAGAGCAGCUUCUUCCUCUCCCUCUUGUUAGGAAUCUGUAAAAAUCGAUUUGAUUCAAUGCUUCGCUUCGCUGUUCUCAGCUUGGUGGCAGGUGUUGCACUUGUUGUACCAGUAGCCAAGUGCAGCACACGUGUCCCAGCUGCCCAAAGAAAUGGGGCAACUAGAGAAUACUUAAGAGGGGAGCCCAAUGAUGGUCACCCGGGUAACCUGAGUGAUGUCCGAUUCUUAUUGUGGACCAGGUCUAAUCCUGGUGAUGAAGAAUACUACCAACUCCUGCCGGGAAAUCUAACAAACUUGAACGAAUCGCCACUGGACCCUUCUCUCCCUCUGCAUAUGAUGUACCACGGAUACAAGGGCAACGGAGAACAACCCUGGAUUAGGAUGGCUAAAACACGCUUAUUGGAAUUGUACAACUGCAACGUCAUCUCGGUUGAUUGGCAGACUUUGGUGCUCUACCCUUGGUACAAUUUGGCAUAUGCAAAUACAUUCAAGAUUGCCAACUACACAGCUGACUUAAUUGACUGGAUAAAUGCAGAAAGGGGUCUCCAGCCAUCUCAGAUACACAUAGUCGGUCAUUCUCUCGGUUCCCACGCUGCUGGUUUGACAGGCAAAUGCGUCGGGUCUGGUCAGGUUGCCAGGGUCACGGGUUUAGAUCCUGCAGCGCCCUGGUUCUAUGACAAUGACUCAGAACAUCGCAUCGACAAGUCAGAUGCUAAGUUUGUGGAUAUCAUACAUACCAACAGUGGGUCGGUCCUUGAGGGCUGUAUUGCACUAAUCAAGCCCUUAGGACACGUUGACUUUUUCCCCAAUGGAGGACACCACCAGCCGGGAUGCGAAGUCGUCAAUGGCUCUAUCAUAGAUGACUGGAUGGAUCUCUUUGAGGGAUGCAGCCACAGCAGGGCGACAGAGCUUUGGAUAGAAAGUAUCUCUGCCACCGACCCUGACAAGGUUUUCAAGUCAUGGCCAUGCUCUGAUUACGAGUCCUAUAUGAAUGGUCUAUGCCAGACUUGCGGGGAAGGUUGUCUUGAAAUGGGAUUCCACACAGCCCAAAGUUUAUCGGGAGAAUACUUCUUAAGAACCAACACCAAAUAUCCAUUUGCGCGAGGUGACAAACAGUCCAGCUAAAAUGAAGACUACUACUUCUCAACUUAAUCCAUUUUUGCAGUCCGUUUUUAAAAGGAGCCUUUUCCAGCUGAAACGACAAGACAGUUCACAAUCCUGGAGUGGUUGGAAAAGUAAAAUUAUAUCUUUAUGAAUAAAUUAAAAUCAUUACCA